AAUUGAAUUUUAAUAAAUCUUGCGAAGAUUAUGAUUGAUAACGUAAUAAUAAUUAAUUACUAAGUUAUUAAAUAGAGGCAAAACAUACUUUACAGCGACUUUAGCCCAAAUAUUAUUAUUCUACCCGCAAUUGUAUUGUCUUUUUUAAAUCUGUAUUCCCUGAUUGAAGACUGAAGAAAAUAUCGGCUUGACUAAAUAAGAUUACUCUAAAUAAUGUGAUGAGCACCAAGAAAGCAUGGUGAUCAUUGCUUAUUCAUUAUUUAUAAAAGAGAUAAUAGUUUGCCUCCUAUUUAUUUCCUAUUGAAAAAUAGCGUAGAAAUGAAAAUAACGAAAACAAAACCUCAAAAGUAAAGGUUAAGAGGAAAAUACGUAAAUUACUUUUAUAAUAACAGACUUCAUUAACGCGUCAGUCAGUGCCACGUGUUAACCGCAUACAAUUGAAACAUAAAUAAGUUAUUUUAUUAGAAGUAACAGCGAGUAUUGUGAAACCUUUCAUUGAGCAACGGUAAGCGAAAACGAAUUUAACAUUCCAAGUAUUUUCUAAGGAAUUCGAAUAUUAAUUACGAUUUCCGAAAAAAAACAAUUGACGUCGUUGGGACGCGAACCUAUGUUUAGAUUUGUUUAAAUUUUUCUUGUUUCUGGCGAAGUCAUAGAACAUCCUACUUGAAAGUAUAUUUGUUAAGUAUUAAUGAAUGCUCAAAAAGAUGUACGAUCUUGCUAAAAUUGCUAAGCUAAGUUCGAUCAAAAGCUAGUACUUGUUAUAUAAAGAAAGUUCGCAGAGUUUACAAAUUUGUUCUAUUCUUUAACAAAAACAUAAUGGUAUUUAGAAGUUCUUUUUUCAUAUCAACUGCAGUGAAAUUUUAAUCGUUCUCUCGGUAACUACAGAGAGAGAUUAAUAAACGCUGCAUUAGAAAAGUUAAAAUAUGACAUUCCGUUACAAGACCGGUUAUCUAUGAUGGCUACUGAUGAAUAUUCAGUGCACAGCGUGACAGUCUCGUUUAAAAUAUAUUCAAUGCAUCAUUAGUCCGAGAUGACGGAUGAAUAUUAUUCAACUGGCAAGUUGAUUCGUUUGAUCGUUGUUUCGAUACGACAAAAUGAGAUCGAAAUGACAGACGAAGACAAAUCUGAUAAAUACAUAGAAUAAAGGUGAACCGGUUUGAAAGUUUUGUGUACUACAUUUGUUCAGGCUCUUAAAAAGGUAAAUAAUUUUGUAUGAAAAGAGCCUAAUGCUAUUUAGUGGGACAAGACAUCUAAGCAACUUCUUGAUCGAAGUGUUUUGUAAAUAAAAAAUCCAUACAAAGGCAGGUAAAAUACCAAAAUAAUAAAGACGGCAAGUAAAUAUCGAAACGCCGAUUAGCUGGUCUCUAGUACAAAUAACUAUGUCAAAAUAAUGUUCGGAACUAAUUGUAACAGCAUAAAAUCAGCCAAAAUAUCAGAGUCAUUUUUCAACAAUGAUUCAAACACAUAAUCGAGAUUGAUUUGUAACAUCAAGCCCACUGUAAUCGCAACAAUAUUCUUCAUCAAUGAAUGAGUCCUUUAGAAGAGUACAGAUACAUAUCAUAACUGAUGAGUGAGCAGGACAACUUUAUAAUUGUUCAAUAUGGCGUCGUUUCUUUCGGGAGCGCUCGGCACAGCGAACACGAGUGCCGAUUGCCGAACGGCAACGAUCAGUUAACCGCUCGGCGUCUACGGCGAUUUACAAAGUGUACGUUUAAAAAUAUUAAAAUGGUUCAGUGUGCAAUUAAAGGUUGCAGUUCACGAUCUGACGUUCAUACUGCCUUAGACCACCAGUUUACGUUUCACAGAUUGCCGAAAUUCCGCAAACAUGACACCGAGUUGACACCUUUCAUUAAAUCUGGAAUUACUGACUCCACAAGAAUAUGUUCCAAACAUUUUACGGAUAAGAAUUUCUACCAUACAUCAACGGGUAAAAGGAGGCUUAAACGAGAUGCUAUACCCGAUAUCCAUUUAGAUCUUAAUGAAGGUAGGCCAGCGCCUCCUAAAUUGCUUAAAAGGAAGUCAGUACCAAAUCCAAAUAUGACUACAGAUACUAUGGUCUCCGAACCAAGUAUCGUACGAUCAGACUCUACAUUUCAGUCUACUUUCCAAAUAUAUACUCAGAAGAGAACAAAAUUUGCCUCCGACCAAAAUAGCAAUGAAGAAUCAGUGGAGGGUGAAUUAAAUAAUGAAGAUAUGGCCUACGAUGAGGACUUAGCAAAUGAACAAACUGAACGAGAGUCGGAAUUUCGAUUUGAAGACGUCGAGGAAGAAUUAGAUAAUGAAGAAAUGAAUGAGACAAAUGCAGACAUUGGAAUGGAUGAUGAAUCAAUACAUUUUAAUGACACAGUAUCCGAGAUGGAACAAAUUCAUGAAGAAACACCACUGGAAAGAGAGUUAAAAGAAGAAGUUAAAAAACUUAAACUAUUGUGUAAUAAAAGACUGCAAGUGAUUAAAUCAUUGCGGCUCCAAAAUACUUUAUUGGCGAAAAAAGUUGCCAGUCUCGAAGAAUCUCUCAGGCCAGAUAAUGAAGAAUUGUAAUAAUUUUAUAUAACUUUUUCUGAGAGUAAUUCCAGAGAACCAUUAACUAGAGCCAUCUUUUAUAAGUAACUUUUAAAAAGAUCUCAUUAAAACAGUAGUUUAAUCAACCGUGAAAUUUGUAAUUAAUAAAAUAUUAUUCAUAACUUUCAA